AUGCGAGAAGGAGCUCAUGUGUGUGUGAGUUCGUGUCAUAGGGAAGUCUUGAAAACCGCAAGCAACAAGAAGGAGGGUAGACAACAAGUACUACAACUACGUCAAGGCUCUAAGUUGGAUUUAGGAGACAAGGUGUGGUUGUCCCUUGCAGCUCAGAGACUCCAUGUGAAUCACAAGAAUGGAGAACCUAUGGAUGAAGGACCAUUUGAAAUUGUUGAGAAAGUAGGCUAUGAAACAUUCAAGGUGUUGCUAGGAGGUGGCAUAUGUGCAACAUUUCCUUCAUGUGUGAAGUGGGUUAUCAAAGCUGAUAAGUAUAAUAAGAUCAAAUUCUGUUGCAUUCAGUCUAAAAUUGCAGAACCAUACAUGGACAUUUGUGAUGUAAAGAGGGAGGAUGUACUUCGUCGCUUUAUAUUCAUUGAAGGUCUGGGUCAAUACCAUCAAGCUUCCACAGAUGCAUUGAAAGUUCUGUCAUAUUUGUCAUUCCCCUAUUCAGCUUUAAGCUCUCUCUUGAUAAUUCCUACUCCAGUGAGGGAUGCUGUCUAUGAUUUUGUUGCUAAACGGCGCUACAAGUGACGCGGAAAAGAAGACGAAUGUCUUGUUUUGAAGGAGCCAGAGUUACUUGAGCGGUUCAUUGACAGGGAAGACUUCUGGAGCAAAGCCAGUCUGAUGGCUAAUAAAAUUUUACACCAUCUCCGCACCUUUAUCGAGGCCUUUCUUCAUCUUCUGUACUCCUGCUGAAGUUUAAUGAGAUGGCAGACUUCAUAAAUGUUAUAAUUAUGUGUUGAAUUCUAGGUUGUUUCAGCAGCAUUUAAUAUCAGCAGAUUGCAGCCAUGGGGUCAGAAGGUAGUAAAGCAUGGGUCUCAAUGAAGGGUUCUAUUGUUUUCUCCUUGUCCUCCAUCGUCUUAGAUUUCUGCAUUCUCAGACACCAACAACCGCUUGUAUCUGUACAAAAUUCUCAUUGGAGUGUCUCUGAUUUGCUUCACUUACUUCAUUGGAAAUCUUCUUAUGAGAUCUGCAUGUUAUGGAAAUCGAGUUAGUUUUUGUUUUGUUUACUUGAGAUUGAUAUUAGUUAUGGUUUCUUCACGAGAAAGCAGAUAAUUUUUAUGCUGUGUUUUUGCUUUAGGCUUCUUCUUUGAGAAUGUAUCAAAGGUUUAUAUGAAUGUGUCUAUAUCUGUGGAGUUCUGUUGCAUAGAUAGAAAUAGAUUAACAAUUAUCUUUUACAUAUAAAUUACGUAAUAUUUGUGUUUUGAUA